GACAGGCACAGGCUCAAAGGCAUUACUUGUAUAUAUGCACUGGAUCAUACCGUACGGCGUCAGUAUGCCGUUGACUACCCAAACCCACUCGUUCAUUCCAUCUUCCUCCUGUUCUCUUACCUAUCCUCCACCCUAUCAUCCUCAAUCCUUCAACACUUUCGCUUGCCAUUGUGGUGAUCAUAUUGAUCUUCAUCCACAAAAAUGGCUUACGUUUCAUUGUGUAAGGCAUUGUACGAUUAUACAGCAGCGGCUGAAGAUGAAUUAACAUUCACAGAAGAUGCUUUAUUAUACGUUUUGGAUGCAGAAGAUGCAGAAUGGUGGAAAGCAAAAUUAAAAACAGCACAAAAUCAAUCCGAUGAAGAUGAUGAAGGACCGAUUGGACUAAUACCGGCAAAUUACGUUGAAGAAGCUGAACCUAUUCGAAUAAGUAAAGCUCUUUACGAUUAUGCAAAACAAAAUGAAGAUGAAUUGGAUAUCGAAGAAGAUGAAAUGUUGAGCGUUUAUGAAAUCAAAGGAGAAUGGCUUUUGGUCAAAAAGUAUCAGCAUGAUGGACUGCCUUCAGGUCAAUUAGGUUUCGUGCCCGCUAAUUACGUCGAUGAAGUUGCCGCUGUCGAUGGAGUUACAGAGCCAAUGGAAGCCGCACCUGAAGAGCAUGAGUUGGAGCCAUACCCCGCACCAGCAGCAGCAGCCAUCCCCAUUGCGACUUCCACUGCAAGCAUCGGUGCACCUCGAAAAGUAGCAAAAAAUGAUGAGAUCAAGAUGUGGGCUGCAUCUGAAUUGGAUGCCAAGAAGAAAAAGAAAAAGGGUACUCUUGGAAUUGGUAACUCUUCACUCUUCUUUGCAAGUGAAUCAGAUAAAGCACCAGUACAAAAGAUCAACGUACUAUCAAUCAUCAAUCAUACAGUGGAAAGCAAAGGAAAACAAUUGAACCUCGAGCUAGAUGCCCAAGCAGCAGCAUCGGCAAAUGUCGACGAGAACAACAACCUACGAUUCGUGUUGGGCAGUAAAGGCGAUGUAGAGGAAAUUUGCAAAAAGAUCGAAGUAUCACAAGAGAAAGCUCAUGCUGCAAAUGCUGAGCCGGAUGAAGAGGAAGAAGAGGUCGCUCCGACAGCAGCUAUUCCUGCACCACCUCCUAUCACACAACCCGCCAGAAGUGUUCCUAGUACGCCACUCGCACCUCCAGCCCCACCAGCAGCCUCCAUCCUUCCACCACCAAGCCGUGCAACAGCAGUCCCUAAACCUCCUCCAGCCUCAAGUGCACCUACUCCUGCAUCAAAUGGUCUAGCAGCGGGAGAAGAGAAUGCAAUUGCAUUGUAUGACUUUGAUGCACAAGGCGACGAUGAAUUGACAGUGGCAGAAAAUGAAUCGCUAAUCUUAGUGGAAAAGGAGACGGAUGAUUGGUGGAAGGUGCGUAAUGCAUCUGGACAAGAGGGUGUGGUGCCUGCCAGCUACGUGGAAGUUGUCGAAGGUGAAGCUGACCGGGUUGCCACCCGUACGGCUGCGAUCAGUGUUGCUGAUGAAGAAGAUCCUGUUGAAGCAAGAGCUGCUGCAGAAGCUGCUGCACGAGCACGAGAAGAAGAACAACGACAAAGACAAGAAGAGGAAGAAGAGGCAGCCGAAAGGGCCAGAUUACAAGAAGAGAGACGAGCAAAAGCUGAAGCACAAAAGCGAGCAAGAGAAGCAGAAGAAAGACGCAGAGAAGCACUCAAAUCUCAACCUGCACCCAAACCACCUCGUGCUCCAGCAACAACGGCCACUACUUCAGCAUCAGCAGCAUCACGCGAUGUAUCUAUUCCCAGUGGACGAUCUGCACCUGCUAGACCAAAAGAUGCAGGUAAAUCGAAGCCAAGUCCUGCACGUACUCGCAUCUGGCAUGAUCGAACUGGUCAAUUUAAAGUUGAGGCUGAAUUUUUGGGAUUCAACCAGGGCAAGAUUCGUUUGCAUAAGCUCAAUGGUGUGGUAAUCGAAGUUGCAAUCGAAAAGAUGAGUCAUCCCGACAUUCAAUACUUGGAAGAAGUUACAGGUCGUAAGUUGGCACCUUCUCGAUCAUCUCGCAGCAACGGUGCCAGAAGUGGAACGAACGGUGCUUCAGCUGGUGAUGGCAGAUCUGAACGCGAUCGUGAAAGACGCAGGGAACAAGAACGUGAACAACGCAGACGUCAAGAAGCCGCCAAAGGACCAAAGAGAAACAUUGAUUGGUUUGAAUUCUUUUUGGCAUCUGGUGUGGAUAUUGAUGACUGCACACGUUAUGCUUCAGCGUUUGAAAGAGACAAAAUUGAUGAAGCAAUUCUGCCCGAACUGGAUGGAAGCACUUUGCGCAGUAUCGGUUUACGAGAAGGUGAUAUCAUUCGUGUAACCAAAUUUAUCAGUAAGCGUUACAAUAAAGGUGCAGCUACCGGAAGUGGAUCUCGAUCGAAUGAUCCAGCAGCACAGAUCAGGGCCGAUGAAGCCUUGGCGAGAAAGCUUCAAGAACAAGAACAGGCCGCCAAGAGAAAUGGUACUACCCCUCCCCCAAACCUCUUCUCUGGGCCAGAUGGUUCGUUGAAGAACAACACUCGGAGAGGAAGACCAAGUGCAAACCCCACACGCAACACAAGUGGAACAGUGGAUGCUGCAAGCUUGGCUGCUGCUUCUGAAUCCCUUGCACGAACUUCAAGUCCACCUACGAGGAGCAAUAAUGCCAGUCCAGAAGUCCUUCGAACUCAGCCUACAGCUUCAACCGCGAGUGGCUUUGAUGACGAUGCAUGGACACCAAGACCACCAAGCGCUAAGCCUGCCACUCCCGUUGCUGCUGCACCAACACCACCUCCUCAACCACCAAGGCCGACAUCUGCAGCUGCUGCAGUUCCUGCUGCUCCCGCUCCAGCAGUCUCACCUGCUCCUGCGGCCCCAGCAGCUCCAGCACCGGCUGCUACGCCAGAAGUGAAAGCUGAUCCUAAUUCGGCAUUGUUUGAUAAAUUGGCUGCCAUGAAGUCUGCUUCGCCAGUUAGUGCGCCUGGUGGUCGUCCUGGUGCUUCUCCUUUGGGAGCAGGAUCGAUGUUCAAUGGAGCUCGUGGACCGUUUGCGCCUGUUGCUUCUAAUCAAUCGAUGCUUCAACCUUUGAUUCCAACCCAAAGUACUGGUCAAUUCAUGCCUACUGCUCUUGGUCAUCAACCAACAGGGAUGGGUAUGGGUAUGCAACCGCAACAAACAGGAUGGGGUGGAAUGCAACAAAUGAUGCCACAACAAACAGGUUAUAUGCAAGGCCAACAGACAGGCUAUAUGCAAAACCAACAAACAGGUUAUGGAAUGCAGAUGUCACAACCGCAAAGUCCGUUUGGAAUGAGCGCAAUGGUUUCUCAACCAACAGGAUUUUCGGCAAUGAUGUCACCACAAGGUCAACAGCCUUUAGCUCCUCAACAUACACAACAACAAUAUUCUCAACAACAGCAACAACAGAAACAACAAGAGAUCAAUAAUGGACCAGAUCGUUUUUCGGCUGCAAAUAUUUUUGGUCAAAUGAAACAAGGUACAAUGCAUCAAGAUGCAAAUCAAGCACCUCAAAAUUCACAAAAGUAUGAUGCUUUACGACCUCAACCUACGGGUUUCCAGCCGGGAGGAUAUAUUAAUACACAAUUUACCGGUUACAAUGGCGGAGGUUAUGGAUAUCAAUGAGACCCCCCACCUUUUCUUCCAUAAUAUGAUCAUAUAAUUAUGAUGAUAAUGAUUAUUUAAU